AUGGUUUCCCCGAAGAACGGCGAGGUCCUUGACGACCCUACGCUGAUCCAAGACGCCGUCUUUGGAGAAAUCACCGAGGGUGGCCCCAAUUACCGCAAUGUGGGCUGGAUCGGGACAUCAGUCAUCAUGAUGAAGUGUCAGAUCGGCCUAGGGGUAUUAUCCAUCCCCGCAGCGUUCGAUGUCCUCGGCAUGAUCCCCGGCGUCAUCUGCAUGGUGGUUAUCGCCGCUCUCUCGACCUGGGGCAGCUAUGUCAUAGGAGGAUUCAAGCUCAACCAUCGCGAGAUCUAUGGUAUCGACGAUGCAGCUGGAAUCAUGUUUGGCCGCGUUGGUCGUGAGAUUAUGGGCUUUUGCUUUAUUCUAUUCCUCAUCUUUGAUGCGGGCUCUGGCAUGCUCAGUGUUUCGAUUGCUUUCAACGCUGUUUCCAUUCACGGAACAUGCACCGCCGUAUUCGUCGCAGUUGCGGCCAUCAUCGUCAUUUGUUUCGCUAGUUUGCGAACCCUCGGCCGGAUCAGCUUUCUUGCAUGGGCCGGGUUGGUUUCCAUCCUUACUUCAAUCCUUGUCGUCACUAUCGCCGUCGCGGUUCAGGAUCGUCCUGACGGCGCGCCCAAAGGCCCCUGGAAGUCCGACUGGAAAGUUAUCGGCAGCCCCAGCUUCACUGAAGCCAUCACGGCAAUCUCGACCUUUAUCUUCGCCUAUAUUGGCACGCCUUUCUACUUUGCAAUCGUGGCUGAGAUGCGCAACCCACGUCACUACACCAAGGCGUUGAUUGUUUGUCAAUCUACUGCAACAAUCACCUACCUCAUCAUUGGCAUUAUCGUCUACUACUUCUGUGGGUCCUUGGUUACCUCCCCUGCUCUUGGGUCGGCAGGAAAGCUCCUCAAGCAAAUCAGCUAUGGGAUUGCCCUCCCCGGGUUGUGUGUUAGUUCGACCUUGAGUACCCAUCUGGCGAGCAAGCACUUCUUUCUCCGAAUCCUUCGAGGAACGAAGCACCUGACCGCAAACACCUUUACCCACUGGGCGACCUGGCUUGGCUGCGUCUUCACCGUGGCCAUCGUUGCAUACCUCAUCGCCAGCGGUAUUCCUGUCUUCAAUAGCCUCGUCGCUCUCAUUGGCGCUCUUUUGGGGACCAUGAUGUGCUUCCAGCCGCUUGGAUGCAUGUGGCUGUAUGAUAAUUGGAAUGGAGGAAAGGAUAGAUCGCUCAAGUGGAUGUUCCUAGUGGCCUUAAACGUCACGCUCAUUGUAUCUGGAACAUUCCUGAUGAUCGGCGGAACUUACGGAUCUGUGGUUGGGAUCGUUGACUCGUACAAGGCUGACGGGGGUUCCAAGGCUUGGUCUUGCGCGGAUAACUCCAACUCUGUCUAG